AUGGAACGGGUGUGGGUGGCCGAGCAGAAGGCUGCGGAGGCAGCUGAGAAGGAGAAAGAAUUAGAGUCGAAACGAAUCCAGGAAAAACGACUGUUGGAACUUCGAAAAGAACAUGCAGCCAACGAGACCAGCAAUGUCCUGCAAUGGGUCACCGCCAACGAGGAACAUGCACGUAUAUUCUCGCAGAACACAGGUACUACAGGGACCGGAAAUGAAAAACAAAAAGAAGAAAGACCCUACGUUCUGAAUGAGGUGUCCAAAUACGGAAACGUCGACGACGCCGACCUUCAACGAAAACUCCGCGAAGACCCCCUCAUGCUCGUCAUGAAAGCACAAGUCAUGAAAGAGAGGAAAGUCAAGUCGCGCACACAACUGCACACACUCACAAAGGCACGCUGGGAAAGGCCUGACGUCGCCCCCGAAGAUCUCAUACCACCCACCAAACCGGACCCGAAACUGCUGUACGACCAACACGGACCCCUCGACCAAAAAAGACCCCACGACCUAGACAGACCCCACGACCAAGAACGACCCCUCGACCAAGAGCGACGCCACGACCAAGAGACAGGGCGGUUCAUACGAGGCUGGCGGGAUGAAGAGCACGCGCCUCAAGAACCCAGAACCCGCGGCGAUAGCAAUUACUACGUGCCGGGUGACCGUGCCGGCGGCCACCUGCAUCAAAAUCGGGAUCGGGAUCGUGGCAGAUACGAAAGAUUCGAGCAGGACUUUAGGCCAGAGCACGGUUAUGGUGCAAGAAGGGAGGCGGAAUGUCGUGAGCGCUGGGGAAAUGAACGAGAUGGCAACCGGGGAACAGAACGGGGUGACAGUCCUGAUCGUUAUAAUCGCAGAUUUGUACAUCAAGUGCGGGGGAAUCGUAACAGGCGGUCUUCAUACGAGAGACGCGGGCCGUACAGUCGGCCAAAGGACGAAAGCGGCUCAUGCCUUGUUGGCGCUGGCUGUUGUAAUCCAAGUGGCUUGGUGCACGGCGGGGGUUCAGAUGAUGAGAGGUCGCUUGGCCCGCCACCAGCGAUGGCAGAGAGCAUUCGGCGACGACAACAGGCCCGUAGUGAAAUGUUCAAGACCGAGGAUGAGCCAGCCUCACCCAUGCCGGAACACGAGAAAGCGGCGACUGAAGGUGGCGUACCUAGCAGGAGGGGCGCACCCAUCACGAGGGGCGAGAUGGAGACACUGGCCGCCGCCGUGAGUCUCGAGCGGAGAGACCGCGUGGAGAGGAUGCAAGCUGCUCAACGGAGUGAGGCCGAACGCGAGAGAGCCCGGAAGAGAGAAGGACCUGACUUUAUCGUGAAGGUUCAGUCGGACGUAUUGCGGAACUACGACCGAAGCAGCGCCCUCCGGAAAGUGCGGGCAGACGAUCUCUUAUUUGACGACCGAGGCUUCUAUUAG